UGAAGCUUUUGAAUAGUAUAAUUUUUGCUCUGAAUUAAAAAAACCCGUUAUAAAUAAUUGUAUACACUGACCACUGUCAAAUUCCCUAAAAUACACUAAAUCCAUUACUGGUUUUAUUAUUCUAUCACAAUAUUAUAUAUGAAGUGAAAAAGUCUGUUAGGUUGCCGAAAUGCAUUCAAUCACCGACCACCACGACGCACAAGUAAAGGAGGAGCCUUGGUACUCAGUAUCAGAUGUAGCGGCAGUCAAUAUACGGGGAGACAAUCUGCAUGUUACUGGUGACACUAAACAACAGUCGCUUCCACUAGAUGAGGAGUAUCGGCAAUACAAUGAAGGUAGAAGUACUGAAGAGGAGCAGUGGACUGAAACAGAGGGUAAUGGGCAGGACGUAGAUAGAGUAGUGGUUGUAAAGACUGAGUAUGUUGAUGAAAACGAAGAACCAGCAGAUGUUAAUGAUAUAUUUUGUGGUGAGGUAAAUGAUAAUGUCCUAGAACUGUAUGAGGAUCAUGAAAUAAAAAACGAGAUGGUUAUAGGACCUACAGUUGUACAAGUGGAGUCUAGUAAAUGCAUGAAGCAUGAUAUACAAAAAUCAAUACAACAGAAGAGAAGAGGACCAUCUAACAGUAAACAAGUCCAUAUGUGUGAUAUAUGCAGGAAGACAUUCAAGGAUCAUAAAACACUAAAAGACCAUGUGUUAUUGAAAAACCAUGUUGUUGAAAAGCCAUAUAGUUGCAAUGUUUGUAACAAAUGUUUUAAAAACAAGAACUAUCUACACAGACACAUGUUGGUACAUUCCAAUGAAAAACCAUACAGUUGUGAUGUUUGUAACAAAUGUUUUAGAUACAAGGACUAUCUAAGCACACACAUGCAAAUACAUACCAAUGAAAAACCAUAUAAUUGUGGUGUUUGUAACAAAUAUUUUAAACUGAAGAAUACUUUGAAACAACACAUGUUGGUACAUUCCAAUGAAAAACCAUACAGUUGUGAUGUUUGUAACAAAUGUUUUAGAUACAAGGACUAUCUAAGCACACACAUGCAAAUACAUACCAAUGAAAAACCAUAUAAUUGUGGUGUUUGUAACAAAUAUUUUAAACUGAAGAAUACUUUGAAACAACACAUGUUGGUACAUUCCAAUGAAAAACCAUAUAAUUGUGGUGUUUGUAACAAAUAUUUUAAACUGAAGAAUACUUUGAAACAACACAUGUUGGUACAUUCCAAUGAAAAACCAUACAGUUGUGAUGUUUGUAACAAAUGUUUUAGAUACAAGGACUAUCUAAGCACACACAUGCAAAUACAUACCAAUGAAAAACCAUAUAAUUGUGGUGUUUGUAACAAAUAUUUUAAACUGAAGAAUAAUUUGAAACAACACAUGUUUGUACAUACCAAUGAAAAACCAUAUAGUUGCGAUGUUUGUAACAAAGGUUUUAGAAUUAAGAUAAAAUUAAUCAGGCACAUGUUUGUACAUACCAAUGAAAAGCCAUACAGUUGUGAUGUUUGUAACAAAUGUUUUAGAACAAAGAGUAAUUUAACCAUACACAUGCUUAUACAUUCCAAAGAAAAGCCAUAUGGUUGUGAUGUUUGUGACAAAUGUUUUAGAAACAAGGACUAUCUAACCAAACACAUGCGUACACAUUCCAAAGAAAAACCAUAUAGUUGUGAUGUUUGUAACAAAUGUUUUAAAGUGAAGAUUAGUUUAAAACACCACAUGCUUGUACAUACCAAUGAAAAACCAUAUAAUUGUGGUGUUUGUAACAAAUAUUUUCGAAUAAAGGGACGUUUAACCACACACAUGCUUGUACAUACCAAUGAAAAACCAUAUAAUUGUGGUGUUUGUAACAAAUAUUUUCGAAUAAAGGGACGUUUAACCACACACAUGCUUGUACAUACCAAUGAAAAGCCAUACAGUUGUGAUGUUUGUAACAAAUGUUUUAGAACAAAGAGUAAUUUAACCAUACACAUGCUUAUACAUUCCAAAGAAAAGCCAUAUGGUUGUGAUGUUUGUGACAAAUGUUUUAGAAACAAGGACUAUCUAACCAGACACAUGCGUACACAUUCCAAAGAAAAACCAUAUAGUUGUGAUGUUUGUAACAAAAGUUUUAAAGUGAAGAGUAAUUUAAACACACACUUGCUUGUACAUUCAAAUGUAAAGCCAUACAGUUGUGAUGUUUGUAACAAAUAUUUUGCAACGAAGACAUGUUUAACCAGGCACAUGCUUGUACAUAGCAAUGAGAAACCAUACAGUUGUGAUGUUUGUAACAAAUGUUUUAGAAUAAAGAGUAAUUUAACCAUACACAUGCUUAUACAUUCCAAAGAAAAGCCAUAUGGUUGUGAUGUUUGUGACAAAUGUUUUAGAAACAAGGACUAUCUAACCAGACACAUGCGUACACAUUCCAAAGAAAAACCAUAUAGUUGUGAUGUUUGUAACAAAUGUUUUAAAGUGAAGAGUAAUUUAAACACACACUUGCUUGUACAUUCAAAUGUAAAGCCAUACAGUUGUGAUGUUUGUAACAAAUAUUUUGCAACGAAGACAUGUUUAACCAGGCACAUGCUUGUACAUAGCAAUGAGAAACCAUACAGUUGUGAUGUUUGUAACAAAUGUUUUAGAAAAAGGAACUAUUUAAGCAAACACAUGCAAAUACAUUCCAAAGAAAAACCAUACAGUUGUGAUGUUUGUAACAAAUGUUUUAAACUGAAGAAUAGUUUAAAACAGCACAUGCUUGAAUAUACCAAUGGAAAACCAUAUAGUUGUGAUGUUUGUAACAAAUGUUUUGGAAUGAAGGUAAAUUUAAUCAGGCACAUGAUUAUACAUAACAAGGAAAAAUCAUAUAGUUGUGAUGUUUGUAACAAAUGUUUUAAAGUGAAGUAUGAUUUAAAAAGGCACAUGCUUGUACAUUCAAAUGAUAAACCAUAUACUUGUAAUGUUUGUAACAAAUGUUUUAAAUUGAGGAAUAAUUUAAACCAGCACAUAGUUGUACAUAGCUAUGCAAAGCCUUAUAGUUGUGAUAUUUGCAAGAAAUUUUUUAGAAACAAGGAGUAUCUAUCCAGACACGUGCAUAGACAUCGCAAUGAAAAGCCGUAUAGUUGUGAUGUUUGUAACAAACGUUUUAAAGUGAAGUAUGAUUUAAAAAGGCACAUGCUUGUACAUUCAAAUGAUAAACCAUAUACUUGUAAUGUUUGUAACAAAUGUUUUAGAACCAAGAGCAAUAUAACCGCACACAUGCUUAUACAUUUCAAUGAAAAGCCAUAUGGUUGUGAUGUUUGUAACAAACAGUUUAGAAAUAAGGGCAAUUUAAAGAGACACGUGUGUGUCACCGUUAAUAACAUUUCAUGA